UCCUGGUCGGGACUUCACCCGGUAAACAAACCCUAGAAGAAGCACGAUCAUUCGAGCAAAGCUGAUGACUAUAGACGACGACAACUCAAUCUACGUCGGCGGCCUCCCGUACGAUGCCAGUGAGGCUGACCUCCGCCGUACCUUCUCCCUAUACGGUUCGGUAGUUGCUGUGAAGAUGAUUAAUGACCGUGAAGUUGGUGGGAAAUGCUAUGGUUUUGUUACAUUCACUAACCCCAGAUCCGCUGUUGAUGCUAUCAACGACAUGAAUGGCAGAACCAUUGGUGGGAGAGUUGUUAGAGUUAAUGAUGUUCGGCCUAGAGGUGCAAGGCCAAAUUUUCAACGUGAGAAUUUUCGUCGUGAUGAUGGGAGAGAUGUUGAUUGGGAUAAGGAAAGGGAUAGAGAGAGGGAAUAUGUGCGUGAUAGAGAACGCUAUAAAGACAGAAAUAUUGAGAGAUCUAGAGACCGUGAUAGGGAAAGGGAAAGACGUGACUUUGAUCGAAGUCGGGAUCAAGAUGAUAAAGAUCAUGCACGUGAUCGUGAUCGCGAUCGAAAUUGGGAAAGAGAUCAUGAAAGUGAUUUCGAUCAAGAUAGAGAUGUGGAUGAAGUUCAUGAUGCCAGUAGGGAUAAGGGGUAUCAAUCAAAAAAUAAGCUUCGUUCUCACUCCGAUGACCGACGUAGUAGAGAGCUGUCAUCAGAUUUCAGUGAAAAGCACAGUGACCAGGUUAAAGAGCAAUUGGACAUAGCCAUUCAUAGGCGAGGCGAGCUUCAGGGAGAGCUUGAUCAUCUUGAAGACAAGAUUGAAGAGGAGGAGGAACUUGUUUCAGAUUUGCAGAAGAGAUUCCAGAAAUUAGAGGAAGCAGUGGCUGCUGCAAAAAAAUUCUCUUCUCAACGUCAAUUGGUGCUAACUAAAUUGCACAAGAACUUCGUACAAGUACAAGAGUAUACUGAAAAGCUCAAAACAUCUGAACAAGAACUCCAGGUGCUCGUUGAUAAUACUAUGUCUGAAGUUCACGUUGGUGAGGAUGCUGGUCCAAGGGAUGGCUUAACCUAUGCAAAUGGUCAGAUUUAAGUCCCCCAGGGCAGUUCAGUUCCUUUGUGUUUGUUAAGUUUUACUGUGUUCGUCUGUAACUUUGAUUUAUGUUAAGUAGGAUUUAUCAAAUCUGAUAAAUUCAGAUUUAUUUUCGAUUUCA